AUGCGAUUUCUCUGCGGCGUUCCCUGCAUGGACGCCGUCGUCGACGACGACUCGUGCGACAACGUGCGACUGGCAACACCAGACACUACCGCGGCGGUCCUCCGCAAGUCCGCUCAAGCCGAAGGAGCUGCGCAACACGGGGAAGGAGCCCCCCCCAGGCUGCCGGUUUCCAGGCUCGGAAGCGGAAGCCCCGCGGGACGUCGCGGGGGGAGUGGCGGAGCGCAAGCCGCGGGGACUGCUGUGCCUUCCGCCAACGGCGCUGCUGGCGGAAGCCGCGUGGCAGCUAGUCGCGCACGCAGCAGGGGCGGCAGCGGAAGCGGCGGAGGGAGCGGGAGUAGCGGAAGCGGAUCGGCGGGGGGGCUGGACGAGUGGGUGGGGGAGAGGAGCGAGCGGUGGUUGGGAUCCAACGGCUCGCACGCGGGAAACGCGGCGGACUCGGCGGGGGAAUCGUCAGACGAGGGCGACGCGAGCGACAGCGGGAUCAUGUUCGCCGGGGCGAAAGCGGAGCUCGCUGAGCGCAUUUGGCGGCGGCAAGUGCGGGGGGCAAUGAGUAAGGAAGGUGCGGGAAGGGAGGGGGAGGCGGAGGAGGGGACGCGGAAGGAAGUGGGCGCAAGAGACGAGGGGCGCGGGAACGACGCGCGCGCAGGGGAGCGGGAGCGUCGGGGGGAGGAGGUAGAGAUGAUUCGACUGUUGAAGGAGCGGAAAGAGCGGCAGCAGCAGCGGCAGCAGCAGCAACAGCAGCAGCAGCGGCAGAAGCGGCAAGGCCUCUAUCCGGAAACGGGCGGCAUGGGCACAGACUGCGGCAGCUCGGCGAAACACUAUAUCGAGGACACGGCUGGCCGAUUAGCGGAGAACGAGGAUAGGGGGGACGAGGAUGGGAGGGGAAGGGGAAGGGGGCAUGGAGAUGCGGGGGAUGCGGGAGGCGGGAUGAGCGGCGGGCGGAACUAUUGGCGGGAAGUGGUGCGCCAAGGGGGCUCUGAGCGCGGGGAACACGGCGGAAUGGCGCAAGGGGAGGCGCAGGGGACUGCGGACGCGCAGGGGAGGGGACGGGCGGCUGGUGUGAGCAGCGUUGUGGGGGAAGCAGCGGGGGCGGCGGAACGGGCGGAAGGGGAUUCAAGGGGGGCAGAGGCGGAAGGGAGUACGUGCGACAGUGCGACCGUUAGUGAAGGGAGUGCUUAUAGCGAGGACAGCUUUGGCGUGAGGGAUGGGCGGAGCAGAAAGGGGGUGAGGGAGGCGGAAGAACCUGGGGGAGAGAGCGGGGAAGAAUCCGCGGGGGAAGACCUUGGGGGAAUGGGUGCGCAGGGGGAGGGGGAGAGACGGAGUGACGCAGGGGAGGAAGCGGAAGAGGAACUAGACGCGUUUGAAGAUGAUUCGUCAACCGUUAAGAAGCUAUGGCAGGGGUUAAUGGGCUCAACGAGUGCUGGUGGCACAGAAAGCACUGACGGUAUUACGAAUGAUGCGACUAGUUCUGCUGGUGCUAUAGCUGGUACUAGCGGCGCUGCAUCUGCCGCUGCUGGCGGCGGCGGUAGCGGCGGCGUGUGCGGCGGGGGACAGGGGGGCAUGACGCCUAGACGAUGCGCGAAGAUGAUUCGACUGCUCGAGGAGGUGAGGGAGGAGGAGGGCGAGGGGGAGGAGGAGGGGGAGAGAGAGGAGAGGAAGAGGGAGGGGGACGGAGCACGUGGCGUGAAGGGAUUGGAGGAUGAGAUGUUGGGUUCUCGUGAAGGGAUGGGGUGGCAAGAGGGGGAAAUGGAAGAACGGGGGAAGGGAGGAGGGGAGGAAUGCGAGGAGAGGGAGACGGGGUUUGAAGAGAGAGAGAUGGGUUUUGAGGAGUCGCUUGGUGUGUGGAGGGCGAGAGAGGAGGCAUCGUGGCGCGAGAGAGUGGCGGGGUGGGAGGAGAGGAGAGGGGGCGAGGCAUGGGCGGAGGAGGAUGAAGACGAUGGAGAGAGGGAGGAAGAGAGGGAGGAAGAGAGAAAAGGGGAGGGGGAGGGGGAGGGGGAGGGGGAAGGGUCAGAACUUGUGAGAGAGGGACGAGAGGCGGAGCAGCAGGAGGAUCAAGGGGAGUCGGUUCAAAGAGUCGGGGUGGUGGAACAGAGCUUGCAGUGGUUGGGUUCGGUUCUACAAGAGGAGGAGAGAGGAGAGAUGGAGAGAAGCGGAGGAGGGGACGGCAGAGACGGCAGAGUGCUGACAGCACAGAGACAGCAGAGACAGCAGGAUCUCACACUCCCACAUGAGCUCACACCUCAGCACGGGCUCACACUCUCGCAUGACCAUUCUCUCACGUCCUCCUAUGUCACCUUCGACUCACAGCCGUCGCCCACACCAUCUGGUUCCGAUGCAGCAGAUACAGCAACAUCAGCUCUAGCCCCCGCCCACUCUCUCUCCCCCCCAAUCUCCUCCACUGCUCCCUCCCUCUCCCCCCUAACCUCCUCCACUGCUCCCUCCUCCCCUCCGCUCCCGUCUACUUCCGCCCCUCCUGAGCCUGCGCCUCCUCUUGCCGCCGAGCCUCCAUCGCCUAGCCUGGGCCCGGGUGGUGGGGAAGCGUGCAAAGGGAGUGGGUGCGGUGGUAGAUUUGGUGGUGAUCGGGAGAGGCGAGGGGAGGAGGGGAAUGACAAGGCUGGGGUAAGAGAGAGAGAGACAGCAGCAGCAGCAGCAGCAGCAGCAGCAGCAGCAGCAGCAGCAGCAGCAGCAGCAGCAGCAGCAGCAGCAGCAGCAGCAGCAGGACCGCAUGCACCUUUGCAUGCUUCACCGUUGGAUGCAGGAGCAGCAGCAGAAGCAGCAGCAGCAGCAGCAACAGCAGGAACAGCAGGAGCAGCAGCAGUGAUGAGUGCCGUAACCCCCCCACCACCAGAGGCUUCAGUCACACAGGCGGGUUACCACCUCCCCUCUCGCACGUCCUCUCACUCUCUCUCCUCCGCCUCCGUUCCCCACCAUGCCUCCACAGCCACAGCUGCUGCUGCCGCUGCUGCUGUCGCCCGCUUCCUUGCAGCAGCAGAUUCCCAGCUGCAGCAAUCCCUCUCUCCCUUCCCCCCACCGCCUGACACCAUUGGUAACCCUGUUACACAGGAGAAUGGAUAUCCGUGGUACACCCCUCACCAGUCCCCUCAGCCGUACUUUUAUGUACCAUCUCCAUUCUUACCCUAUCCCACCACCGCUCCCAACCCCUCUGCAUCUUGCUUCCCUCCCCGAGCCAUCUCCCUAGGUGCCAUCAGCACCCCCCUGCACUCUCUGAACCUCUUCUUCCCAGGCUCGAACCCGAACCACGCCACCUCCGCUGCUGAUUCUGCUGCAGCGGCAGGCUCGGCACCGAGCCAAGAUGCAUCUGGUUCGGGUUCAGCCAGCGUCCAGAGUGCAGCCCAGGGGAGUGCUCUGUCCCAUCCACCAGAGUCUAUUGCUUCCUCCCUCCAGUUCCCUUCACCUGCUGCUGCCUCCUUUCCUCCUCGAGUGCGCUCCCUCACAGCCAUCGGUGCAGGCACGGAGAGAGAUGGAACCACCACUGGCGGUGGUAAUGGUGGUGGUGGUGGUGGUGCAGCAGCAGCAGCAGCAGCAGCAGGGUCUGCGUUACAGUGGCCUCACUUCCCUAGCUCUUCCCACGUCGCCCACUCCCAUUUCGCCCACCCUGCCUUCCCCCCGCGAGUGUACUCCCUCAGUGCAGCUGCAACGGCACCAGGCAAGCCAGCAGCAGCAGCCAAGGACCCAGCAGCAGCACGAGGAGGUACCACAGGCAGCAGUGAGGAGGGGACAGGGCAGCGGCAGUACCUGGUGCUGGAGCUGCCUCCGCCAGAAUCUACCGACUCUGCCAAUCCUGCUGCUGCUGCUACUACUGCUGCUGCUGCCGCCGCGGAUAGUGCUUACGCUGCCCAAUCUGAUGCCGUGCCUGCCGGGUUCGGCAGUGGAAGCAGCAGCAACGGAGCAACUACCAGCGCCCUCACCUCCAAUACACUGCCGCCUGGGCACAACCUCUUCCCCUUCCCGCCCUACCCGGCCUCCUCCUACCACCCCUCCCCCUACCAGCCUUUCAUGGACCCAUAUACAGGGCUGCCCUGGGGGAUGCCUCCACCUAUGGGGGGCAGCCACGUGGCAGCACCUGGAUUCAGUGACCACCUGCCAUGGAUGAUGCAUCCCCUGGAGCAGCAAGUCCCUUUGUCCCCUGCACUGAGCGGUUGGGGUCCUGAGGGAUGGACUGGUGGUAGCACUGAAGGAUGGGGUCAGGGUGCAGGUUUCGAAGCAGGUGGCGAUGCUACUGUUCCUGCGCAUGCAGGGAUGGAGGGAUUUGAGGUGCAUGACUCGGUGACCCUGCUUCCAGAUGACAAUGGCAGUGGUGAGAGCUGUAGGAUCGAGGCUGCUCGUGGUGCUGGCAGCGGUGGUGGCAGCAGCAGUAGGCGGGUGAAUAAUGGGAAGGAUGUUCAUCCGAGUGUGGUGAUCAGGCAACGGAGCACCACCACUGCACCACGUCAGCACGUUUUGCACAAAAAUAGUAAUAAAUCGUCGGGCGGCAGCUCCUCGAUCCAGUCCGGGCGACUCUCUUCCACGCGACGCAGCCAGGAGCUAGCGCGCGAGAUGUCCGAGGAAGAUGGCGCUGAGCUGGGGCUCUCUGGGGAUGCAGGGACGGGAACGGCGGGCGCGCGCAUUGUUUCUUCCGUCCAGCUUCUCCGCGCAGGCUCACGCAAAGGAGGGGCGGGCGAGAAAGGGUGGGUCGCGGGGGAGAGCGAUGACGACGACAAUGGUGACGACGACGGCGACGACUACGACGACGAUAACGGCGAUUGCGAUGGAGAGGAGGACGAGAAACCCGGAGGAGAUGAAACGGGACAUUGCUUGGCGGAGAAGCCUGAAGACUCUCGACACGCCGACGACGCGUGUGUUACCCAGGGCUUUGUCGGCUCGUCGGGUGCGACGAGUUUUCCAAACAAUGCAACCAGCACGUUUGCGGGAAAUCCGGCUGACGCUUCAGAUGCCUCUGACAACCGUUUUCCCUCCGCGCCUCGCCUCCCUCGCGGCGUUUCCAAGGAGACUCUCGUGUCGCUCAUCCGCACGGCGGAGGAAGUCGGCGCGCUGCGCGCGACGGAAUCGAAGGACGCCGCGGCUCUGCUGCUCGCAGCCUUGGAAGACAUUUCCGUGCCGUCCGUCCACCGAGCCAGCAGCCUCGGCAAGAUCUCCUGCAGCUCCGGCUCCGGAGCCGCUGCCGCGGCUGCGGCAUCUGCAGCGGCUGCCGCGGCGGCGGCGGCGGCCGCCACGACUGCUGUAACGGGGCGUUCGAGAAAGCCGAUUCUGGGAAGUGGCAGGGUGGCGUGCUUUCCUGGCGCCGGCAGCUGCGUCGUUCCUCGAUCCCUCUCGGCUGACCUCCUCACCACUCGUUCCCUGGAACUAAGUCACUCACUUGAGCUCCGUCAGUUUAUGGAAGAACAGCGUGCUAUCGUGGGGGAUGGGCUGUUGAUUCUCGACCGUUCGAUGGAGAUUCAGCACAUGGCGGAGAUGGAUCCGAUCUCCAUUGAGCAGGAGUAUUCCCCGAAGCACGGCGGCUUUGACGGGUCAAUUGAGUUCGCCGGGUCAACGUCGGUCAACGGCCGGUCAAUGGAGUUCAAUCGAACAUUCGAGAUCAAGCGGUCCUCGCAGCCGCCCGUUCUUGCCGAGCCUAACUCCAGGCCCACGGCUGCCUCGGCACGAGGCAGCAGCUCAGCUCCGACCCGCCCAGCAGUACCUCGGCACGAGCCUCUGUCGCCUCUCAUGCUUCCAAGCCAUCGGCAUGAAUCAUUUGGCCCCCCUCGUCUCUCUCUUAGGCGUGAUUUGCCAGAGGAAACUCCGGCCAAGCCUCGAAUGGCCUCGUCUGUCAUAGUCAACGCUCGUCGCCGAACCUUCAGUCGCCCGCACUCUCCCGCCCGAGCCUACAGUCCCCGACCUCUUUCUCCCAUAGCCUCCUCCACACCGACAGGUUCGGGCUUGGGUGGUGCCUCCGGGUGGGCUGCAAGGAGGGGAAUGGACGCGGGCAGCAGUGCAGAUAGAGGUGGGGAAGGGAGUGGCAUCACAGCUAUUGACGAAACAAAUGGUGAGGUUCGACGGUCUUAUGCGAGCUUGGAAAGAAGCUGGUCUGGAGAUCUGGGCAUGAGGGGUGGAUUCACCGAAAGUGGGGUUAGCUUGAGGGAGAAGGCGUGGGAUGGUGAGCAGGUUGGGGAGGAAGAAGAUGCAUGGGAGUUGAGGCAACAGCACCAAAGCCAGGAGAUCCAGCAGCAACCUCAAGAUGCGGAGGUGGUGAGCCGCGGGGCGGAGAGGGGCGAGCUGGGCGGGCAGGCAUGGACGCACCUGGCCAGAGCUGCACUGGAGCCGUGGGAGGUGUGUGAUGGCGUAGUAGCGCGCGCGGGUGGGUGCAGCUGUAGCGGGGAUGGCGUGGGCGCCGUGGGCGGGUGCAGCUGUAGCAGGGAUUUCGUGGGAGGCGUGGGCAGGUGCGAUGAUGGCGGGGAUAGUGUGCUGGUGUACGUCCCCCACGUCAACCCGUCACCACAACCGCCGACAGCACUGCUGGCAGCGGCACUGCAACGCACCGCUGCUCAUCCUGGGGGUGCAACUGCGCUUGCAGUAACAGCAGCAGCAGCAGCAACAGCAACAGCAAGAGGAACAGGAACAGCAUCAGGAGACGCAGCAGCAAACGCCACAGCACGAGCCCCGGUGACAGCACCAUCGUCACCGUCAGCACCGGCAGCAGCAAGGCGGGCCGUACCUCGAACGUACUCGACCGGAAGUUUCCAGCGUCAAAUGUCAGCUUAUGUUGCUUCGCCUCAGCGGGCGUUCAAUAGGCUGCCCGACGACAUCUGGCCCAGUUUGAAUCGCGGUCAUGUGAAGUGGAGGAGUGGGAGUCUGGGUGGGGUUGAGAGGGAUAAUCGAAGUGAGGAUGGGGGAGAGAUGCAAGAAGCAGCAGAGGCAGAAGGGUGCAGAGCAGAGAAAGCAGUGAACGGCAGUGAUAGAGUUGACAGCGGUGCUGGUGUUACUAGUGUGGGGGAAGAAGGGAGUGUUAAUGAGAAGCAGUCACAACAGUUAGCGCGGCUAGCUAGUCGGAAACGGGUGACUUUGGAAGAGAAGGAGCAGCACCAAUGGGUGGUUGACGAGGCGACGCUUUCGUCCGUCAUUGCCAAUGGCGAAGAUGUCGGACCUAUCAUUCGGCCGGCAUUUGAAAUGGGAAAACCCGAAGCGCUUCUUCACCAGCUUCGCACGUUCGUGAAGAAGAAGGAGGUGGAGAUCGAGGAGCUCUGCAAGCAGCACUACGAGGAGUUCAUCCACGCUGUCGACGAGCUCAGAUACGUGCUGGUGGACGCGGACGAGUUGAAGCAUGGGCUGGCGAUGCAGAACACGGAGAUGCAGGAGGUGGGGAGCGGGCUGCUGCACAAGCUGGACGAGCUCAUUCAGCACAACGCCAUCAAGACCAACCUCGCCUCCGCGCUGCAGCUGCUCAAGAAGUGCAAGACCGUCGUCGACCUCUGCGCUAAGGUGAACGAGGCGAUAGCGGCAGACAGCUACUACCAGGCGCUGAAGACGCUGGACGCUAUAGAGCGCGACCACCUGCGCACCAUCCCCUCCUCUGCUCUGCGCGCAUGGGUGGAGAGGGGUAUUCCGCGGUGCAGAGCACACAUCGAGCGCAAGGUGAACCAGGAGUUUAACGAGUGGAUGGUGCAGAUCCGGGAAACGAGCCAAGAGAUCGGUCGACAGGCGAUAGGACAGGCGUUCAGUGCGAGGCAGCGAGAAGUGGAGCUGGGGGACAGGCAGAGGCAGGCCGAGGAACAGACGCGGUCAGGAGCGAGGGCAGUGGCGUACAUGUUAGAAGUGGAAGACGCAGAGGAGGACGCGUCGAUGCUCAAGUUCAACCUGACGCCCAUCUACCGAGCGCGGGCAGUGGCGUACAUGCUAGAAGUGGAAGAUGCGGAGGAGGACGCGUCCAUGCUCAAGUUCAACCUGACGCCCAUCUACCGUGCGCACUACAUCAACACGUGUCUGGGCAUCCAGGACCAGUUCCGCGACUACUACUACGACAACCGCAAGCUGCAGCUCAACACUGAUUUGCAGUUCACGCCAGGGCAGUCAUUCAACGACUACUGCUCGCAGGUGGCGGGGUUCUUUAUUGUGGAGGACCGCAUCAUGCGCACUGCUGGUGGGGUCAUCAAGCCCGCUCAGGUGGAUGUGCUGUGGGAGACGGCCAUAGCGCGCAUGCGCAGUGUGAUGGAGGAGCAGUUCGCGUCCAUGUCAUCAGCCGACCACAUGCUCAUGGUCAAGGAGGACGUCUCGCUCUUCGCCGCCGCCCUCCGCCGAUACGGCUUCCAGGUGUCUCCGCUACUGGACGUGCUGGGGUCCAUGCGCGACAAGUACCACGAGCUGCUGCUGGAGGAGGCGCGGCGGCAGGUGAACGACUCCAUUGCCAACGACAAGCUGGAGCAGAUGGUGAUGCGCAAGGAGUAUGAGUACAGCAUGAACGUGCUCGCCUUCCACAUCCAGGCGCUUCAGUCUCCCCUUUGUGCCCCCCUCCCCCCAAUCCUCCACCAGAGCACAGACAUCAUGCCGGCGUUCCCCUGGAUCGCGCCCUUCUCAGCGUCGGUCCCCGAGAUCUGUCGCAUCGUGCGCAUAUUCAUCGACAGCUCCGUCUCCUUCCUCAAGCACACGGGCCACAUGGACCAGUACGACCUCGUCAGGCGCUACCUCGACCGCCUGCUCACCACGGUGGUGAAUGAGGCUCUCCUGCGGCUCAUUGGCAACCCCACGCUGCAAGUGUCACACGCCAUGCAGGUGAGCGGGCCUGUUGCAUUUCGAGUGGACUCAUAA